GUUAUUUAAACGGAUGCAUAUGCGGAUCGGAUUUUAAACGGAUCGGAUAUACAAUUACCAAAUCCGUAUCCGUUUAGUAAUCGGAUAUCCUUAAUCGGAUACGGAUAAUAUCCGUUUAAAAUGGAUGCGGAUAUUUCCUCUUUAAACGGAUACGGAUGCGGACGGCUGAGUGUGAACCUUGAUUAAAUAAAAAAUUCAAUGUAUUAUACUCCUCCUGCGACCAAUUUCCCCUAUUCCAAAUUUCAACUGGUAAUUUCUCAGCAGCGAUCGAGUCGUAAGAAGAAUAAGGAGAAAUGCUGCUGGCCGUGUUGAUUGCCAACUCCGAGGGGAACAUUCUCGUCGAACGGUUUAAUGGUGUGCCUGCAGAAGAACGUUUGCAUUGGCGGUCUUUCCUAGUCAAGCUGGGAGCAGAAAAUCUGAAAGGAACAAAGAAUGAAGAACUCCUUGUUGCUUGUCACAAAUCAGUUUAUAUUGUGUACACGUUGCUUGGAGAUGUCAGCAUUUAUGUUGUUGGCAAGGAUGAAUAUGAUGAACUUGCAUUGUCUGAAGCAAUUUUCGUGAUAACAUCGAGCAUUAAGGACGUAUGUGGAAAACCUCCAUCGGAGCGCCUUUUCUUGGACAAGUAUGGAAAGAUUUGCCUGUGCCUGGAUGAGAUUGUGUGCAAGGGGCUGCUGGAGAACACAGAGAAAGAGAGAAUCAAACGGCUUGUAAGGUUGAAGCCGCCUGUUGAGUUCUGAGUGACGAUUCAUCGUCUUCUCCAUUUACUUGUCUGGAAAAGAAUAAACUUUAUGGUUUCCAAAUUCCUCUAACUAAACAAAUGCCUGUUUGGAAUCUGCUAUCCUAAACAUUAUUAUGUGUUUGGUCUUCUUUUUGGUUGUUUUGCUUGGGAGGGUUUUGGGUACUUGAAAAAGUGACAUUUGUAUAGUAAUACUCCGUAAUACUCCCUAAUGCUCCAUUUGUUUUAGAAU